AUGUCGGAUCAGGAACGGCAUCAGCGUGGGGUCGGUCCCCUUGUUAAGUCAGAAGUAUCAGAAGUACAGGAAGAGCGCUACAGCACUAAAGGCGAAACUCCGCUGACUACUUUUGUCCUCGCCUGCGUCCCCAUCCCUCACAACUAUGUGCAGGUCUUCAGCCUGGAUCUGAUGGGAAUUGGAUCCCUACUGGGGAUAUACAUUGUGAUGGUCGCAGUUGGAGAGCUAUUUUCCUUGAAUAAGAUGACUAUCUCUCUGAGCUCCCAAAUUCUGGAUGUACAUAAACAAGAUAAAUCACUGAGAAUGAAUUUUCCGAGGGAACAGGUUAACAUUCUAGGAAGAAAAAAGUUGAAUGCAGAGGCUUCUCGUCAGGCCUUCAGAUGUUUUCCAUACCCAGAAAAGGCUGGACCCUAUGAAGCUGUGAACCAGCUUUGGGAACUCUGCCUUCAGUGGCUGAAGCCAGAUAUUCGCACAAAAGAGCAGAUCCUGGAGCUACUGGUGCUGGAACAAUUCUUGACUAUCUUGCCCAGUGAAAUCAGGAUUUGGGUGAAGUCACAGAAUCCAGAGAACAUUGAGGAAGUGGUCACCCUGGUGGAAGAUUUGACCCAAAUGCUUAAGGAGGAUGCUUUGCAUUCUCCGGAUUCUGUCUUUCUCCAAGAUAGGAACACAGAGAAAAGAGAAAAGCCUGCUGUGUUUCAAGUAGCCAGAUGCCAGGAAUCAGUGACAUUCAAGGAUGUGUUUCCAGAUUUCACUUGGGAAGAACUGGUACAACUGGACCCUGUUGAGCAGAAUCUAUACAGAGAUGUGUUGCUGGAGAACUAUAGGAACUUGGUUUUUCUUGAUUGCUCUCCAGAAUGGCUGGAUUCGUUCACAACUCCACCAACAAUGCAUCAGUGUCCCAGUUUUCCUUCAUCCCCUCCAACAGUCAUCAUUAUUUUUUCCUAUCAUCUUAGCCAAUCUGACAGGUCUUUCAGCUUCCAAGUGGUCUCCCAAUUGGAACAUGGGGAAAUGCCAUGGAUGCUAGAAAGUGAAGCCCCCAGAGAUUCAGUCAUCAUUCCUGAAGCCAAGGCAUCAUUUGAAAAGUGGGAAACAUCUGUGGAAGAAUCACCUCAGGAAGCAAUAAUGAAAAGACCCAGAAAACAUAGUUCUUGGAACUUCAUACUGAAAGAAAAUUUUCACUGUUAUGGCAGAUUAGUCAGGCAGCAAGGCCACCAUGAGCAUUUGGAGCAAGAAACUGUUAUAUAUGAGGAAAUUUCCAGUAAUGAGAAAGGCUUUGAGAGUAAUGAAUUUGAGAGAAGUUUCAACCUGAGGCCAAUCCUAGAUACAGAACAAAUUCCUAUAGUAAAAAACAUGUAUAAAUAUGAUAUAUAUGGAAAGAACAUCAAAGAUACCUUAGGGCUGCUUAAGUAUCAAAAGAUCCAGCCAGGAAAGAAACCUUUUGUAUAUAAAGAAUUUGGAAAAGCCUUUAGUCACAUUUCACAACUUAAUCUUCAUCAUGACCAUCAUCCUGGUGAGAAACCCUGUACAUGUAAUGAAUGUAGGAAAAUUUUUACUAAGUGGGUAAACAGUGCUGAACAUCAGAGAAUUCAUUCUGAAGAAAACUUAGAUAAUUAUAAAUGUAAUGAGUGUAGUAAAGUCUUUACUAAGAGGUUAAAUCUUACUCAUCAUCAGCAAAUUCAUUUUGGAGAGAAACCUUUUAAGUGUAAAGAAUGUGGAAAAACCUUCAAAUGGAUUUCACAAUUUAAUGUUCAUUAUACCCAUCAUUCUGGUGAGAUAACCUUUACAUGUAGUGAAUAUGGGAAAGCGUUCAUCAAGUGGGCAAAUUUUACCGAACAUCAAAGAAUUCAUUCUGGAGAGAAACCUUAUAAAUGUAAUGAAUGUGGGAAAGUCUUUACUAAGCAGUCUACCCUUACUCAACAUCAGCAUACUCAUCUUGCAUUGAAACCAUUUAAGUGUAAUGAAUGUGGAAAAGACUAUAGCUACCUUUCACAACUUAAUCUUCAUCAAAGAAUUCAUUCUGGAGAAAAGCCCUAUAAAUGUAAUGAAUGUGGAAAAGCCUUUACUAAGCGGGCCAAUUUAAAUCAGCAUCAGAAAAUUCACUCUGGAGAGAAACCAUAUAAAUGUAAUGAGUGUAAUAAAGCCUUUACCAAGCAGGCAAACCUGACUCGACAUCACAGAAUUCAUUCUGGAGAAAAACCCUAUAAAUGUAAUGAGUGUGGCAAAGCAUUUACCCAGAGAGCACAUGUUACUCAACAUCAGAGAAUUCAUAUCGGAAAGAAACAUUAUUGAAAGUAUUGAUGGUCAGAAAAGUUUCAAUCUGAGAGCACAUUUUAAUCAGUAUAAAAGAAAUUGUAAUAAAGGGAAACUUUGUAAAUACAA